AUGUUAGACCCUGUUAAGCUGUGGACAACUCAUCCAGCUUUUGGGGUGGCUAAGAUAAGUUUCACCCUGGCCCUGGGUCUGGGUCUUACCCUCACCGCCUGGCUGCACCUGUCAUACCUGCCCGGUCUGCAGAGAUUGCCUGCCUUUGGCUUGAUUGGGACCAUCCUGAGCUUCUGUGAAGUCACCUUCAUUUUCUUCACCCUCCUGUUGUUCCCUGUUAACCUCUGGAUGUAUGAGUUGAAGAGAAAUGUAUCCAUCCCCAUCGGCUGGAGCUAUUUCAUUCGUUGGCUGGCAUUUAUCCGGUAUGUCACCUGUGGGAUCCUUUGCUACCUCAACCACAGAAACCUCUGGAGGCUGAUUAUGAAGAGCUCCUCUUCCAUCCCCAGCUGUUGCAGCAGUUCUGUCAACAGAAGAAUCUCCACCAGCAAAGAAGACAUCCUGGACCCUAACCCAAUGGAUAACCAAAGGCCGUUAGAUUUAGAUAAAGGCCUCUUAACACCCUACCCAUUAACCAUUGGCUAG